AUGAAGUCCAUGCUCAAGUUGCUGCCGCAUCUGAGGCCUGACAGUCAAAGGGUAGAAAACGAGUCAGCUGAUGAAGUUAAAUCAAGCACAAGUUCGACAUAUUCUGACCACCCACCCACUCUCGCUCUGAGCAGUUCUAGCGAUAAUCUCAUGUCAAAAUCUCCCGAUGAGGACAUCCAUGUCUACGCCAACUUCAUGAAGGAGCAUGAUUGCUACUCACUUAUUCCUACUUCCUCAAAGAUUGUCAUUUUCGAUACUCGCUUGCCCGUCAAGAAGGCCUUUUUUGCGCUGGUUGCAAAUGGUUUGAGGGCAGCGCCACUAUGGGACUCUGAUCAGGGUCAGUUUGUUGGCAUGUUGACUAUUUCCGACUUCAUUAGUAUUCUUCAAACAUAUUACCGAUCGCCAAUGCGCAGGAUGCAUGAGCUCGAAGACCAUUUAAUCGAAACCUGGAGAAAACUUCUAUUAGAGCGUAAACUCGCCAAACCAGACGAACGGCCCACUUUAUCAAAGAAUAUUGGCAUGGUUCAGAUCGGACCUGAUGCUAGCUUAUUUGAAGGAUUGGAAAUGCUAGUAAAGAAUAAGAUUCACAGGUUACCGAUCAUCGACCCCAAAUCUGGAAAUGCUUUGUAUAUUUUAACGCACAAGAGGAUACUGAGAUUUCUUUCAUUUUGCUUCGAAUCGCCCGACGUAAAAAUGCCCAGCUUUAUGAAGAAAACGCUAGAAGAGACGCAGAUUGGAACGUUUGGCAAGAUCCACACGAUUCAACCGUCGACGCCAGUUAUCGCAGCUCUUUGCUUAUUCGUUGAAAAUAGAGUGUCAGCUUUGCCAAUCGUAAAUGAAAACGGAGAAGUGAUUGAUAUUUAUGCCAAAUUUGAUGCAAUCAACUUAGCCGCAACGCGAUCGUAUCAUAACCUCGAUGUCACAGUUCAAGACGCGCUUAGUCACAGAGAGGGAAGACCAGAAGGUGUUACUACAUGUGUCCUCUCAAAUACCGUAGAAGAAAUAACAAAGAAACUUGUAAAAGCCGAGGUUCACCGCUUGGUGGUAGUCAACGCAGAAAAGCAACCGAUCGGUAUUCUAUCGCUAUCGGAUUUACUGUCGAAAAUUGUCUUGGCGCCAGAGAAAUUAAACUAA